AUGAACUGGACGGCUGCGACCUGCUGGGCCCUGCUACUGGCCGCGGCGUUCCUGUGUGACAGCGGCGCGGCCAAGGGCGGCCGGGGCGGGGCGCGGGGCAGCGCCCGGGGAGGGCUACGCGGGAGUGCGCGCGGGGCCUCGAGGGUGCGCGUGCGGCCAGCGCCGCGAUACGGCUCCUCCCUGCGCGUGGCGGCGGCGGGGGCGGCGGCCGGGGCUGCGGCUGGAGCGGCCGCCGGUUUGGCCACGGGCCCUGGCUGGAGGCGCGUGGCGGGGCCCGGGGACCGCGGUCCCUAUGAUGAGAACACAGCACCCGAUGGCAAUGGAACCGGCGUCUACAGCUACUGGACCUGGACUUCUGGCACUGGGCCCUCCCACGACUCGCACCUCUGCCUGCUGCUUGGGGUAACCCUUGCCCUGAGGCUGCAGGGGCCCUAG